AUGAAGCGAGCUGGCCCCGCUGGCUCCAGGGCAUCAGGGGCCCCCGCUAAGGCGGCCAAGACUGUUGUGCAGCGCACCUCCACCCCGAAGGUCUGCAACACCAGGAAGGCCGCGUCGCCGUCGACCGACUCGCCGCCUGGUUCGACAGGGAAGGCCACGCUCGGGGGCACCUCUGCACCCCAGGCGUUGAGUUGCCGCAUCCAAGUGUGCAAGAAAACGUGGCAGCCAGGUCAACCGUGGGGCGCUUGGGCGGAAGUUGUCCACCCGAGCGGCAGGACCGAGCUCAUCCCGACGGGGGACAGGUGCGCUGGCUGCCACCCAGUGUGGCUCAGCCAUGAGAUGCGCGGGACGUGGGAGCAUAUCGCUGCCGAGGUCAACAGCAGCGACGCGAAGAGCAAGGCUUGGGAGCAGUCGAAGGUGCAUGCUGAGAACCCAGAUGGUGUCAAACCGUUCUUCCCUGGCCACGUCGACGUCGAGCGCCGCAGCGGGUGCAUGAUCCAGGUGAAGUACCGCGGCCUCACGCCAGCGAACUUCGUUGAGCACUUCAAGCAGUCCGUCGAGGAGACCAACAUUAAGCUGUCCAUGCUCAUUGACACAAAGGGGAAUCAAUACCAUGGUGUUUGUGUCGUCGACGACGGCAGCAUCCCCAAGGGCUUGGGCAUCGUGUGCAAAUGGUACUACGACACAUCGGUGCUCUGCGGCGAGUCCAAGAUGACGCCGUUCACGCAGGAAGACCCGAUGGUGAGAACAAUGAGGCUCGCGUCGUGGGAGCCCGCUGACAUCCACGCCAGGAUCAAGGCGCCCAAGGACGGGGCGACCGUUCCAGAUGAGUUGCCAGAGGACGGGGCGAACGCCGCGGAGGAGAUCAGGGAGAUUUCCGAUGGGCGGUCGCUUCACGGAGCAGGCGCUCCGAUGAGCCCAAAGAAAAGGAUCCGAGGUAAGUCAAUGGCCGAAUCAGUCAGGACAACCAUCGAGGCCUCGAAGGACCCAAGCUCCCCGACCACGCAGAAAAUCAAUUCGAUCGUGCUGGAGGAUUUGAUCGGGGGCGUCAACAGAAGCCAGAAACUCCGCAGGUCCAAAGAGAGCUUCGGGAGCAUGAAGGUCGCUGCCACGACCAUGAAUGAGCCUGAGAAAGAACACACCCUCGAGAAGGCCAGGCGAAUGGAGUCCGCGUACGAUGUCUUCUCGACCGCCGUCGCGUUCAGCACGGCGAGCAACAUCGUGACUUGGGACGACCGCACGUACAAGGCAAGCAUCGACACGAUCACCUCCUACGGCGUUGCGUUUACUUUGGAUCAGGAGAAGAUGAUGUGCCUGAGGGCUGCGAAUAUGGCGACCACUGGGCUCACCGUGUCAUCUGCGUUUGACAAGUGGAGCCAGGCUUACGGGGUCAUCAAGCCAGAUGGGCCCGUGGACGCCGUGGAGUUCGACCCCUUCGCCCCCCUUGUUUCUACCGUCGCUGCGUCAGCGAAGGACUUGGUCAAGUUCUCCGAGGAGUUGCUGAUGAGCCACUUCAUUGGGCCAGUUGUGGAGGGGAUCACUUUCGAGAACACCGAUGCCACGUGCGAAUGGUUGGGCGCGAUGGCCUCGUUGGUAAUCGCUACAGACGCCGACGCCGACGAGGAGUCCCAGGCCUUCGCGAUCGAGGUCGGCGUCGCCAUGAGGGGCAUGCUGCACCUGCUGAGGCCGACCGACAUUGACAAUUUCGACGACUACAAGGAGCUGGACGCGGCAGCGCUCAAUAAGGACUCGCGCCGCGUCUCGGGGACGCACCAGGAAGCCAUGGGAGAGAUGCGCGACUUCGUUGAUGAGCUUGCUAGUUUGACCGAGCACGGGCAGCGCGGCCUGAUCAUCAAUGCGGCGAAGAGGCUGGCUGGAUGGCGAGACCGUGCGCGCGCGCAGUCCGUCUCCGUUGCCACGAAGCCGAUGGCGGAGGUCGUGGACGCGCACGCCGCCGAGUUGAUGGCCUCGCCGUUCUUGGAGGACGCCGACCCCAUGAGGGCCCUCGCAGCAGCGAAGGAAGGCGCUCAGUGGCUCGCCGACGUCCUGCAGACAGCGCAGCUGACCGAGCGCAAGGCGGCGUGGGCGGACGCAGUCAGUCGUUGCAAGAACCUCGAGCCGCAUCUGUCCUCGAAGCUGAGCGUGGGGAGCCUGGCGGAGGAUCUCAAGGAGAGGGGCGGUGCGUCGGCGAUGAUCGAUCCCGCGGUUCGGGCCCGCCUGCUCGAGCUGCUCACCACUGCCGUGGCCACGUCGUCUGAUGAGGUGUUGUCGAGCCUGGGAAUUUCUUCGGAGAGGAUCGUGAAGGAGGCCAUCAACUAUUUGUUCAAGAACACCGACAUGACGAAGCUCUUCGGCGACAACCUGGCGUUGCUCAACAAGCUCAUGCAGUGCGUGCCCUGUGAGAGGAAGCAGCUGCACGUUCGCGCGAUGCGCCUUGUCGAGGAGAUCCAUUCCCUGAACCACCUGGCUGACCAGGCGCCCGACCAGACCGAUUCGUCGUCUCGACAGCUUGAGUCGCUGGCCACAGUCUUCACUUCGUGGAACCGCAUCAGCUCCCUCAUCGAGGAUAUCCAUAAGUUCCAGGACGACUACUGCAUGGACGGCCCGUCCGAGUUCGCGCAGAGGGCGGCCAACGUCGUGAAGGACGGGGUCAGCGAUCACAUGGAGGAGCUCAAGAAGGCGGCCACCGCAGCUUUGAAGACCCCGUACGCCGAGACGUUGAAUGCGAAGCCGAUUUCUGAAGUCGCAGGCGGCGCGAAGGACUCCCAGAUCUGGAGCGCCGCCUUGAAGGACAACGCGACCUUCGACCAGAUCAAGAAGGCUGUGAGCACGACGCUGGUCACGAUCAACACCGCCGCCUUCUCGAGCGCGGUGGCGAAGCUCGAGAGGCACGCCGAGGAG